AACAAAAGUGCAGAGAUUGGCAAACUAAUAACAAUUUCUUGAACUCUGAUUAAACAUUUUAACAAAAGACAAGUUUCAGUACCCUCGUAGAUAUAAAAUAAUUAAAACAAAACAAUUAUCUACAGAUUUCAUUGUUCAUUUGGAUAUGUUUUACGUCUUUUCAUGUGCGUUCAUUAUGCAAAAUAUUUAACAAUAAAUUUAAAAAAAACUAUAAGUUAAUUGUAUUAAAAAUGUGAGAAACCUUUGUUUUAAACUACAAUUAAACACCUCUAAUAUUGUGAUAUGGAAUGGAUGCAGUAGGUAUGCAGAUAGUAAAUAUUGGUGCUAGAGAAAUAUGAAUUUUGGCUUGGAGGUAUUGGCCAGAAGAGUUUGGUAUCAGUUAACCGGCAACCGGCUACGAGUCAAUUGUGGUAUAUUGUGGGGUACCGCCUGGGCUUUAAUAAAGAUGAGCAACGAUGAACAAAGCUGCUGGCAUCGUACAUUUCAUCCUAUAGCUAAAGAAUUUCAAAAGGAUAAAUUUUGCUUUUGUCAUGAACCCGUAGAUGAUUUCCUAAAAUCCCAAUGGCAAACCUCACAGAAAUCCUUUCUCUGGCUAUUAUAUCGCUGGGGCCUGGCGGUAUGCUUUUGCAUUGGUGUGUUUGGUAGUUUAGUACAACAAUGGGCUCAGGGUCGUUGGUUUAUAUAUUUAACCGAUUGGGGUUUCUUUUUGUGCAUGUUUGUUAGUGUUUUUGGUGCUGUAAUAGCGACAAUAUUUUACUUUAAACCAGAUAAAUUUGUUGCAAAUAGUGGUGUUAUAAAAUUUUAUUGGCUUUCCCAUUGGUCUACCUUGGUGGUCGCUACAGUGAUAACUUUUAUGUAUUGGCUUUUUAUAUAUCCCACCGAUGAUGCCAGAGCUUCAGAUUUAUAUAAUUUAUGGGCCCAUGGUUUCAAUUCUGUAUUGAUGUUAUUGGAUCAUAUGCUGGUGGCAUUCCCUACACGUAUUUUGCAUUUCAUUUAUCCAUUAAUUUUAGGACUUGCUUAUGGUAUUUUCUCCAUUAUUUACUAUUUUGCGGGAGGUGUGGAUAUCAAUGGCAAUCGUUAUAUUUAUGAAAUAUUGGAUUGGUCGCAACCUGGCUGGGCCACUUUAGUGAUAUUCGGCUGUUUAAUUUUAGUUUUAAUCUUUUGUUUUCUACUAUUCUGUCUAUAUAAAUUAAGAAAAACUAUUUAUUGUAAAUGUAAUAAUUCUAAAAUGACCAUAACUGCCUAAAACCAAGAGAAAAUAAAAAAUAAAACCGUUAAGUACAAAAUCUAAUGUAAAACUUC